GGUUUAUAGCCACCCCGCGCCUGCGCCCCGCACUUUCUAAGCGCGGCACGAUGCGGCCAGCGCUGGCAGCGUGGCUGGUGCUGAGCCUGCUGGGGGGGAGAGGGGCCCAGGACAUGUGUGGGGACCCCCCCGCCACCCCGUCCCACUCGGUCCCUGCGCCCCAGCUCAGCCCCGAGGAGCGGCUCUCGCCCCACAUGCCCGAAUCUCUGCGCUGCGACGCCUGCCACGCCAUCGCCUUCCAGAUUGAGGAGCAGCUGAGCAAGGCGGAGGGGAAGGUGGGCAAGAAGGCGCUGAGGGAGUCGGACUACAUAGAGGUGCUGGAGAGGAGCUGCUCACAGGACUGGGAGAGUUACGGGGUGCUGGAGCUGGACGGGGAGAAGCGGCUGUCGGGGCCAGGGCUGCCCAGGCAGCAGCCCCUGAGCGUGAUGGUGUCUGGGGGCCCAUGGCCGAGCAGGCUCUCCAAGCUGUGCCACGGCUACGUGGGCGAGCGGGGCGAGGCGCAGAUCUACGAGGCGCACCGGCGGGGCCCGGCCGUGCUGCGGCAGCUGCUGUGCCACGGGGACAAGGGACCCUGUGCGGGCCGCAAGGACCGCCCGGACCCCCCCAAGGCGCUGCAGAACGAGCUGUAGCCCGGCGAGGUUAAUGCUUAAUGCCCCGGCGACCUUCGGAGCCGACUUCGUCCCCAGCGGGAGCCGACACGUGCCGGGAGGUGGGCGCCGGGAGGUGGGCGCCUUCCCGGUGUCUCCUGUCACCGAUGUCGCCGCUGUCGCUCGACGCCCGUGCCGGCAGCGCGUCCGGGCGAACGGGGAAUUACUCUGUAACCCACGGGCUCUAAUGUUUCACCACGGCGCUGCUGCGGGCGGCUGCAGCCCCAAUUAAAGGAGUUAAUGGCU